CAGGAUUUAUUUUGAUUAGUUUGACGUUUGACCCAUCUUGAAAUUUUGGCUCAUUGCUCAUUAUUAUAAUCAUACCAAUUUAAUAUGCCAGGAAUGAACAACAUCGGCCAAGAAGAAAUUAAUCCAACCAUAGGGAGAUUGCCACUUAUCGAUGAGAAGGGUUUAAUACAACCAGAACGUCAAAGAGAGAUCACCCAAACUGAUCACUUGAACAAAAAGCUUCUCACUGCUUUUCUUGGUCGAAUUAAUGAAACUCCUUCUCUGAAUGAUCCUAAAGAUAUGAACUGCAACAAUGAUAGUAAUGAAUUUGAACUCUAAUUCUUAUAGUGAUUACAUUUCCUAACAUCUGUUUGUGACAAAUAUAACCUCAAAAUAAAUUAUUGGCGGGAUAAGUUCCCUUUGAGUAUCGAUA